CUUCCGGACCGUAGCCCAGGAUGAAAGAGUGGUGGAUCCAAGUCGGCCUGCUGAUGCUGCCCCUGCUUGCCGUUUACCUGCACAUCCCGCCUCCGAAGCUGUCUCCCGCUCUGCGUUCCUGGCGCUCCUCGGGGAGCUUCUUCACCUACAAAAGCCAGAACGUCUUUUUCAGAGAUUCCCCCGGCGCCGUCGGGAGUUCAGACAUUGUGGUCCUCUUGCACGGCUUCCCGACCUCGAGUUACGAUUGGUACAAGAUUUGGGAAGCGCUGACGCAGCGGUUCCAUCGUGUGAUUGCGCUGGAUUUUGUGGGCUUUGGCUUCAGCGAUAAACCUCGGCCUCAUGCCUACUCCAUCUUCGAACAAGCCAGCAUCGUGGAAGGCCUGUUGCGCCACCUGGGACUCCUGAAUCAACGGGUCAACCUCCUUUCUCACGACUACGGAGACACCGUGGCGCAAGAACUGCUGUACAGGUACGAACACAAUAAAACCGGAUGCAUCCUGAUCAACAGCCUGUGUCUGUCGAACGGAGGCAUCUUUCCAGAAGUCCAUUAUCCCAGGUUCAUCCAGAAGGUUGUCCUGGACUUCACUACCACAAAGGAGACCAGACAAGCGGAAGGGAAGCCAAAUUUACUCAAUUGCCUUGCUGAAGUCUUUGGCCCGUACACCCAGCCUUCAGAGGCCGAAUUGUGGGACAUGUGGACGGCCCUGCGAACAAAUGAUGGAAACCUCGUGGCAGACAGCCUUUUACAGUAUAUCAACCAGCGGAAGCAACACCGGGACCGCUGGGUUGGGGCUCUGCGAUCCACCUCGGUUCCCUUGCAUCUGAUUUACGGACCCCUGGAUCCGGUCAAUCCUCACCCGGAAUUUCUUCGGCUUUAUAAGCAGGUGCUUCCCAUGUCGACUGUGACGGUGCUGGAUGACCACAUCAGCCACUACCCUCAGCUGGAGGACCCUCAGGGUUUCCUGAAUGCCUACUUAAACUUCAUCAACUCCUUCUGAGACGACAAAGAAGACGGACAGAAAUCACCCCCCUUUUCUUCUUAGAGGACAAUUUUGUACUCUGGAGCAAUAGGAGAGGCGUGGGAAGAGCUGAUGAAAACUCCGGGCAGCAGUCAAACCAACCUUUCGAAGCAAUCUCUCGUCUGGGCGAGUAAACUCAACAGAAUCCAGCCGAUGGAUUGGUGGAGAUAGGGGCGGAGGGGGCCUGAAGCCGUUGGCAGGGAGCCUGCCUUUCCCUCCACCCCCCCCCAAAAAAAUCCUGACUCUGGAGGAUGCAGGGAGAGAGAAGACCAGGUGAAUAAGCAGGCAGAAAUGAAGACGAGUCCAGCAGGAUCAGGCUGAUACAGUACUUACAAUAGUUC